CUUCACACACAACACACACUAUACUCUUUCAUAUUCAUAUAUAAAUUUACACAUUGUUUGUGUCUCUUUCUUCCUAUUCUCUACAACUAUCUUAUAUGCCUUUCAAAUUCAUAUUGUUCAAUUAAAUUGAAAUUGAAACUCUCUUUAGUAUUUUCAUAGUUUUAUCGUCUAUCCUAUCAUAUUCAUUUGAAUUUUUUAGGUUUUGUCUGAAAUAGAGAUGGAAGGAAUAGGCGGCAUCGAGGAACAUGUUAGCGAUGCCACCCACCUCGUCAAAGGAAAGCGCACGAAACGACGGUUAAGGUCGUUGUCUCCUUACACCGUGGUAACAACCACGGUGAUUUCAAGCUGCUCAAGCGCUACCGGCGAUAAUAUUGGUGGUGGAUCGUUUUCAUCCACCACCUUUGAAGGCAUCGACCAAGAAGAGGAAACUGACAUGGCGAAUUGUUUGAUUCUCUUAGCUCAAGGAAGAGUCGGAAGAGAACAAGAAAAUAAUAAACGGCGUCUUCAGAACCACCAACAACAAAGUGAAAAUCAUGUGGACGGUUACGGUUAUAACAAGAUAACUGAAAAGGCAACAAAAAACGGUUAUGAUAUUUAUGAGUGCAAAACUUGUAACCGUUCAUUUCAUUCAUUUCAAGCGUUGGGUGGGCACAGAGCAAGUCACAAGAAACCCAAGAUGAAAGAGGAAAAAAAUUCAUGUGAAAUUGAUGAAGCAAAUAAGCAUAACCACACCAAGAAAAAUAGUAUUAAUAUUAGCCCUAUGGUUCCUCCGGUUUCGCUUGAAUUAAGGUGUGGUGUUAAUAUCAACUUCAACGGCCAUGGGAAUGAUAAGAAGCCCAAUAGGCCCAAUAAGAUUCAUGAAUGUUCGAUUUGUGGAGCUGAAUUUACAUCUGGUCAGGCAUUGGGUGGUCACAUGAGGAGACACAGGGCUUCUAUCAAUAACAAUACGAACCACCACAACAACAACAAAGUUGGUGUUCAUGUUAAGUCUAGGAAUGUUCUAGAAUUGGAUCUUAAUCUUCCGGCACCGGAGAAUGAUAUCCAGGAUUCGACGUUUCAAUUUCCGGUGGUGACGGCUUCUCCGGCAUUGGUGGGUUGCCAUUAUUAGAACAGACGAGGGAUUAUACUUUAUUUUAUUUCAUCAAAUCGAUGAUCAUUUGUGAAUUAAUAAUAAUAAUAAUAAUUAUUAUUAUUACUAUUAGAUUUAUUUUAACUUAUAAUUAUUCAUAAUUAU